CUCCUUCCCCACCCUCCGUGUCCCCAACAGAUCCAGGCUUAAGGAAAUGCCCAGGAGUUCCUUGGCCCCAGAGCCCUUGUAGCAGGAGGCCCAGUCACGGAGCUCCGGUCCCCGGGCAGUGCAGGUACAGCCAUGGCUUCUGAGUACGAGACGGGCCACAUCCGCCAGCUGCAGGCACGGCACACGCAGAUGCAGGAGAAGACCUUUACCAAGUGGAUCAAUAAUGUCUUCCGGCAUGCCCGGGUAGGCAUCCAGAUCCAGAACCUGUACACAGACCUGGCCAACGGCGCCCACCUCCUGCGGCUGCUGGAGCUCAUCUCAGGGGAGGCCCUGCCACCGCCCAGCCCCGGCCGCAUGCGUGUGCACUUCCUGGAGAACAACAGCCGGGCUCUGGCCUUCCUCAGGGCCAAGGUGUCGGUACCCCUCGUCGGGCCAGAGAACAUCGUGGACGGAGAUCAGACACUCGUCCUGGGACUCAUCUGGGUCAUCAUUCUGCGUUUCCAGAUUUCGCACAUCUCCCUGGACAGGGAAGAGUUUGGGGCCAGCGCAGCCCUGCUGUCUGCUAAGGAGGCUCUGUUGGUCUGGUGCCAGCGGAAGACAGCUCCCUACGCCAACGUGCACAUCACCGACUUCUCCCGCAGCUGGAGCGACGGGCUGGGCUUUAACGCCCUCAUCCAUGCCCACCUGCCGGGCCUGCUGGACUACCACGCCCUGCGUCCAGACCGCCCGCUGCACAACCUCACCCUUGCUUUCCGCGUGGCCGAGCGUGAGCUGGGCAUUGCUCAGCUGCUGGACGCCGAGGACGUGGCCGGCCUGCAGCCGGACGAGCGCUCCAUCAUGACCUACGUGUCCCUCUACUACCACCACUUCUCCCGCCUGCGCCGGGGCCGCACUGUCCACAGGAGACUCACCAAGGUCCUGCUCCAGCUCCGGGAGACAGAGGCGCUGCAGACCCAGUACGAGCAGCUGGCGGCGGACCUGCUACGCUGGAUCGCAGAGAAGCAGGUGCAGCUGGAGGCGCCCGGGCUGCCAGACUCGCUGCCUGCUAUACGGCAGCUGCUGGCGGCCUUUGCCUCCUUCCGCACCCGGGAGAAGCCCCCUCGGCUCCAGCAGCGAGGGAGCCUUGAGGCCCUGCUCUUCCAGUUGCAGACAGCACUUCGAGCCCAGCACCGCCGGCCCUUCCUGCCUCCUGAGGGCCUGGGCACUGCAGAGUUGGCCCAGCGCUGGGCAGGGCUGGAGCGGGCAGAGGCUGCUCGGAGCCAGGCCCUGCAGCAGAGGCUGCUGCAGCUGGAGCGCCUGGAAACGCUGGCCCGGCGCUUCCAGCACAAGGCGGCCCUCCGGGAGAGUUUUCUAAAGGACGCGGAGCAGGAGCUGGACCGGGCCAUGUCCCCGCUGGCCAGCCCAGCCACAGCGGAGGUGGCCACCCAGAGGCUGGGCAUGCUGGAGGCUGGCAUCCUGGCCCAGGAGGGGCGCUUCCGGGCCCUGGCCGAGCUCACGGACAUCCUCCGGCAGGAGCGCUACCACAGCUGGGCAGAUGUGGCCCACAGGCAAGAGGAGCUCACCAGGCGCUGGCAGAGGCUCCUCCAGAGCCUGCAGGGGCAGAGGAAGCAGGUGGCGGGCCUGCCGGCCGUGCUGGGCCUGCUGCGGGAGGCGGAGGCUGCCUCGGACCAGCUGGAGGAGCUGCAGGUGCCAGCCAGCUCCCAGGCCUGCGGGCAGCAGCUGGCAGAGGUGGUGGAGCUGCUGCGGAGGCACGAGCUGCUGGAGGCCCAGGUCUCCGCCCUCGGCGCCCAUGUGAGCCACCUUGCCCACCAGACCUCCGGGCUGGCCCGCUCCCUGGGCACCAGCGUGGAGACGCUGCAGGCCAAGGCCAGGGCCCUGGGCCAGCUGCACCAGCACGUGGUGUCUCUCAUCAGGGCCCGGCGGGCCCUGCUAAAGCGGGCCCUGCAGCGGGCCGAGUUCCUGCGCGACUGUGAGGAGGAGGAGGCCUGGCUGGCGGAGCGAAGGCAGCAGGUGGAGACUGAGGCCCCGGGCCGGGAUCCCCGCCGCAUCGCAGGAGCCCUGCAGAAACACAAGGCCCUGGAAGCCGACCUCCGCCGCCACCAGGCGGUGUGCUCCGACCUCGUGCAGAGGGGGCGCGAUCUCAGCGCCCACGGGCCGCCUACACAGCCGGAGCCCCGGGAGCGGGCGGAGGCCGUGCAGGGCGCGUCGCAGCAGCUCCGGGCCUGGUCUGAGAGGCGGGGCGCGCGGCUGCAGGCGACCCUGCUAGUGGCACAGUACCUGGCGGACGCCGCAGACGCUGCGUCCUGGCUCCGCGAGCAGCGGUCGUCUCUGGAGUACGAGUUGUGCGGAGAGGACCCGGCGGCUGCCGAGGGCUUGCUGCUGCAACACGUGCGGCUGGAGCGCUCCGUGCGCGCCUUCGCGGCCGAGCUGCAGCGGCUGGACGAGCAGGCGCGGAUGGCCGCGGCCCGGGCGCCACUCACGGUGCUGUCUGCCCUGAACCCACUGGGAGAAGGCCCCAGGGGCCAGGGGGCCUGGAGGGAGGCUUCCCGCCUCUCUGGCCCUGGCACCACCUGGAAGACAGCCCCCCCAGCCGAGCCAGACCUCUACUUUGACCCCACCACCAUACUCCAGACACAGGAGCGCUUGAGCCAAGACUAUGAGGACCUGCGGGCCCUGGCAGAGCGCCACAGGGCUCGGCUGGAGGAGGCGGCUGCCCUAUUUGGCUUCUACAGCUCCUGCAGGGAGCACCAGGCCUGGCUGCAGGAGCAGGUGGCGCUGUUCUCCACGCUGCAGCCCGGGGCCCACGACAUGAAGGCCACGCAGCUCAGAUACGAGAACCUCCUUGCUGCCCUGGCUAUGGGGAAGGGCCCCUGGGCUGAGCUCAGCCGCCUGGCUCAACACCUGAUGCAGAGAUGUCCUGGGAACUCCCCCCAGAUCCAGCAACGGCAGGAGGAUCUGAGCCAGAGGUGGGGGCAGCUGGAGGCCCUGAAGAAGGAGAAGGGCUGGGAGCUGGCACGUGGCCUGGAGGUGCGCAGCUUCCUGCAGGAGCACGGGCCCCUCCAGCUGCAGCUGCAAGACCUGAUGCGCCAGCUGGAGCCAGGGAGCCCCGAGGACAGCCGCCGCGCUCUGCAGCUGGCCCUGCAGAGCCUCCCAGGGCUGGAGAGGAGGAUCCACUCCCUCCGAAGGACGGCCCGCAGGCUGGAGGACUUGGGCCCCGUGGAGAACCAGGAGCUGCUGGAGACGCUGCAGGGGCUGCUGGAGCGAGUGCAGGCGCAGGUGGCCCAACAGGUGCAGGGCCAGGCCGAGGCUCGGGCCCGGCAGAGCUUCCUGCAGGAGAGCCGGCAGCUGCUGCGGUGGGCAGAGAGCGUCCAGGCCCAGCUGUGCCGUGCGGAGGAGCUGGCGGACGAGGCGUCGGCCCAGCGACUGCUGGGGCAGCACCGAGCCCUGCUGGAGGAGAUCCGCCUGUGGCAGGAGAGGCUGCAGCGGCUGGAGGCUCAGGGCCAGCCUCUGGCAGCCUGGGACUCCCCCAACUCCCAGGAGGUAGCCAGUGCCCUGAGGCUCCUUCGCCAGCACAGCCGGGAGCUGGAGGCCGCGUGGGAGCAGAGACAGCAGCGGCUGCAGGAAGGGCUGGAACUGCAGAGGUUGGGCCGUGAACUGGAUGGUUUUGCUGCUACCUGCACCAACCACGAGGCCUUCCUGAGCCUGGAAAACCUUGGGGGGGACGUGAGGGCGGCCCAGAGCCUCCUGCAGCAGCACCGGCAGUUUGAGUGGCUCCUCGGCACCCUGGGCCUUCGGGUGGAGGCCCUGACCGCCCGUGGCAAGAAGCUGGUUUGGAGCCCGCAGCCUGCUGCACACAAGGUCGGAGAGCAGCUGCAGAUUGUGCAGGCCCAGUGGGCCAGGAUCCAGGAGAGGAGUGAGCAGAGGCGGCAGCAGCUGCUGGCUUCACUCCAGCUCCAGGAGUGGAAGCGGGACGUGGCGGAGCUGGCGCUGUGGAUGGAGGAGAAGGAGCUGAUGGUGGCAGAGGGGCCCUGUCCAGGCCCCAGCAACAUCCUGCGUAAACUCAUGCGGCACGCAGUGGCUGAGAGCGAGCUGAGGGCCUCCCACGGGCACGUGGAACACCUGCAGCAGGUCGGGAGGGAGCUGUCGGGCAGCCAGCCCCAGGCCCGGGAGGACAUCCAGGCCAGGCUCCGGAGCCUGAGCAGCCGAUGGGAAGAGCUGAAUCACAAGACGGCGCAGCGCUGGGACCAGCUCCAGCAGGCUAGACGGCAGGACCAGCUCCUCAGGCUGUUGCAGGAGGCCAAGGAGAAGAUGGAGCAGCUAGAGGGGGCCCAGCAGGACGCAGAAGCCAGGCAGGACCCGGGCUGGAGCCGGCAGCUGCAGAGACGGCUCUGCCAACUGGAGGCCAAGGGCCAGGUGCUGGCUGGCAAGAUGGCUGCCCUCUGCUCCCAGGCACACGGCACGGGCACUUCCCAGAGCAUCCUGGACGAGACCCAGCGAUGCCUGCAGAGGUUCCAGUCCCUGCAGGGACACCUGGCCGCCCAGCGCCUGCAGCUGCAGGCCUCAGCUGAGCUGUGCCAGUUCUACCAGCUGAGCCAGGCAGAGCUCUCAUGGGUGGCUGAGCACAUGCCCAGUGCCGGCCCCAGCAGCCCCACCAAGUGCUGGGACAGUGUCCAGAGCCUUUACCACAAGCACAAGGAGCUGCAGGCCGAGCUGAACGCUCACCAGGGGCAGACGCAGCGGGUGCUGUGUUCUGGGCAGAGCCUGGCAGCCUCGGGGCACCCCAGCGCCCAGCACUUGGCCGAGCAGUGCCAGAAGCUGGAAGGCCGCUGGGCGGAGCUGCAACAGGCGUGCGCGGCGCAGGCGUGGAGGCUGCAGCAGGCCGUGGCCGUCCAGCAGUACAUUCUGGAAGCGUCGGAGCUGGAGGCGUGGCUGGAAGAGAAGCGGCCGCUGGUGAGCAGCGAGGACUGCGGUGCAGACGAGGCUGCGACCUUGAGGCUCAUUAGGAAGCACCAGGUGCUGCAGCAGGACCUAGCUCUUCGCUGGCGCUCCAUGGAGGAGCUUGGCCAGAGGGCCCAAACCCUCACUGGCCCUGCGGCCCCUGAGCAGCUGCGCGGCGUGCAGGAACAGCUCCAGGAGCGGCUGCAGGCACUGCAGGCGAUGGCAGCCACACGGAGCCGGGAGCUGGAGGGGACGCUGAGGCUGCACAAGUACACGCGGGAGGCCCAGGACCUGCACAGCUGGCUGGCCGGCCGGAAGCAGGCGGUCCUGGCAGAGGCGAGCCCAGGAGAGGACAAGGAGGAGGUCAUGCACCUCCGCACCAGGUUUGUGACAUUUCAGCACCAGGUGGAGAUGGCCGGCCAGCAGGUGGCCGCCUGCCAGCAGUGGGCCGAGAGCCUGCUGCAGCAGGGGCCCCGCGCUGUGCCCUGGGCCCAGCAGAAGCAGCAGGAUCUGCAGGCCUCCUGGUCCGAGCUGUGGGAGCUGAGCCAGGCCCGAGGCCGCCUGCUCCGAGACGCCGAAGCCGCCGUGCAGGUGUACGGAGCCCUGCUCGAAGCCCUCACCCAGGUCCAGGAGAGAACCACCAGCCUCCCCAGUGAUGUGGCCCAGGACGCGCGCGGGGUAGAGGUGCAGCUGAAGCGACACCAGGCACUGGAGCGUGAACUAGAGGCCACUGAGCAGCAGCUGCAGGAACUGCUGGAGACCGGAUACAAGGUGCAGAGGCUGUGUGCAGGGCCUCAGGCCCAGGCUGUGCAGCGGGGACAGCGAGCAGUGACCCAGGCCUGGGAGGCCCUGCGGCUGCGUGUGGAGCAGCGCAGGGCCCAACUGGAGUGGGCGUACCUCCUGGCCCGCUUCCAGGCAGCGGUGCAGGACUACGCCUCCUGGGCAGCCGGGGUGCGGCAGGAACUGCAGGUGGAGGAGAGCGCCCAGGAGCACAGCAGUGGCGCCCUCCAGCUCAGCGCCCACCACCAACUCCGGGCACAGCUGCAGGCCCAGGAGGAGCUGUGGCAGCAGGCUGCUCAGUUGGGCCAGCAGGCUCUGCUGACUGCGGGGACACCUGCCGAGGAGGUCCAGGAAGGGCUGCAGGUCCAGGAAGGGCUGCAAGCCCUACAGAACGCGCGGGACCAGGUGUUCCAGGCCUGGGUGUGGAAGCAAGAGAGGCUGCAGGCUGCGCAGGCGGAACAGCGCUUCCUCAGAGCAUGCAGCCACCUGGAGAAGGCCCUCACGGCCCAGGAGGCCUCGCUGAGAACCAGUGCCCUGGGGGGCUCCGAGGAAGAAGUAGAGCAAUUGAUCCGUAGGCACGAGAUCUUCCAGAAGGUGCUGAGUGCCCAGGAUGCAAAGGAGGCAGCACUCCGGGAGCAGCUGAGCGGGCUCGGCGGGAGCAGCAGGGCACGGGACUGGCUUCACGCAGUGCUGGAGCGGCGUGCCCGAGUGCAGGGCCUGGCGGAGAGCCGGGGCCACGCCCUGCACACCUCGCUGCGGCUCGCCCGCUUGACCGGGGCCAUCACCCAGGCCGAGGGCUGGAUCCAGGAGCGGGCCCAGCGGCUGGCAGAGCCCAUCCCUCCCGGGGAGCUGAGAGCGCAGCUGAAGCUCCUGCAGAGACACCAGGCCUUCCAGGCCGAGGUCCGGGCCCAGGAGAAGGUCCUCGCCUCCAUUGCCAAGGAGGGCGAGGCCCUGCUGGGCCAGGGCCACCCCCUGGCAGGAGAGGUCUCCCAGCAGCUGCAGGCGCUGCAGGAGCACUGGGAGAAGCUGCGGCAGGCAGUGGCCCUCCGGGGCCAGGCCCUGGAGGACAGAAGGGACUUCCUGGAGUUCCUGCGGAGAGUGGACCUUGCAGAGACCUGGAUCCAGGGGCAGGAGGCGAUGGUGAAUUUCGGGGACCUGGGCCAGGAUCUGGAGCACUGCCUGCAGCUCCGCCGCCGCCUCCACCAGCUCCAAGGCGCCUUGGCCAGGGACACAGGGGCUGACGCCUACCUCAGGAGCAUCGAUGCCUUGUCGCUGCGGCUCAAGAACCAGGACACCGAGGAAGUCCAGACCAUCUGCUGGCGGCAAAGCCAGCUCCACAGCAGGUGGGCGAGUUUCCAUGGCAACCUGCUCAAGUACCAGCAGCAGCUCGAAGGGGCCCUGGAGGGCCACAUGUUGUCCCAAGAGCUGGACGUCGUCACCGAGCGGAUUGGGGAAAAGGACGCCCUGAUCCAGGCCCUGGGCGAAGGCGGGAGGAGCCUGGAGCACACGCAGAAGCUGCUGCGGAAUCUCGAAGUGCUGGAACAGGAAGUGGGCCUCGUACAGGAGCAGGUGGAGUCCCUGGAGCGCAAGGCAAGCUGCCUUUGCCAGGCCAGCCCUGAGGCGGCCCUCAGCCUCAUCUCCAAGCAGCGAGCCAUGAUGGACAGCUGGCGGCAGCUCCGGAGCAGGGCCCAGAAGCGGAGGGAGGCGCUGGAAGCCUUGCACCAAGCACAGAAGCUCCAGGCGGCGCUGCAGGAUUUGCUGGUCUGGGCCCAGGGGUUGCGGGCCGAGAUGGCCAUACCCAGCACCCCCUGCAGCCCAGAGGAAGCCCAGAGCAUGUUGGAAGGGCACCAGGCGCGCAAGGCCGAGCUGGACUCCCGGGCAGACAGCAUCAGCCUGGCCCGGAGCACUGGGCAGCAGCUGCUCGCCGCUGGGCACCCGUCCGCCCCUGACAUUCGCCGGGCCUUGGCUGCCUUGGAGCAGGAGCUGAGCAGCCUGGAGGGGGCCUGGCAGGGGCAGCAGCAGCAGCUGCAGCAGGCCCUGGAGCUCCAGCUGUUUCUGAGCUCGCUGGAGCGGGUGGAACGUUGGCUCUGCAGCAAGGAGGCCUGCCUGGCCGGCGAGGGGCCAGGGGACCCCCUGGCCCCCGUGGAGACCCUCCUGUGGAAGCACGAGAUGCUUGAACAGGGCCUGGAGGUGCAGGCGGAGAACCUCAGCGCCCUGGAAGCUGCAGCCCAUGGCCUGCUGCAGCGUGGACACCCCGAGGCCCAGAGCGCCCUGGGCAGGUGCCAGGCUAUGCUGCAGAGGAAGGAGGUGCUCUUGGGGCGAGCCAGUGCCCGCCGUUGCCAGCUGGAGGAGCUCGGGCAGCUGCACAUGUUCCUGCAGGAGACCCACGAGAUGGCCAUGUGGCUGCGCGAGAAGAACCUCGAGGCCCUGGAAGAGGGCGGCCGGGACCCCGCCGAGCUGCAGGCACAGCUGCAGGAGGUGCAGGCGGAGCUGGACGCCGGCGCACAGCACCAGCGGGCGCUGCAGGCGGAGGGGCAGAGGCUGCUGCAGGGGGGCCCCUCAGCCUCAGAGACUGUCCAGGAGCGGCUGCAGGAGCUGGGGCAGCUCUGGCGUGAGCUGCAGACCAACAGCCAGAGGAAGGCGGCCAGGCUUCGCGCAGCCUGCGAGGCUGUACGUCUCCGACGGAGCGUGGAGGACCUGCAGAGCUGGCUGGAGCCCGUGGAGGCUGAGCUGAGAGGCCCCGUUGGGGGCCAGGACCUGCCUGCGGUGGACGAGCUGCUGGGCGCCCAGGGGGAGCUGGAGGCAACGGUGGAGAGGCAGGCCGCACGGGCGCAGGCCCUGCUGGGCCAGGCCCGGGCCUUCGAGCGGGACGGACACUGCCUUGGCCCUGACUUGGAGGAGCAGACCCAGCAGCUGCUGCGGAGGUUCCAGAACCUGAGGGAGCCCCUGCAGGAGCGUAGGGCAGCCCUGGAGGCCCAGAGCCUCCUCGUGCGGUUCUUCAGGGAUGUCGAGGAAGAGAUGGCCUGGGUGCGAGAGAAGCUGCCUCUGGCCACUGCCCAGGACUGUGGCCAGAGCCUGAGCGCCGUGCAGCACCUGCAGGAGAAGCAUCAGAACCUGGAGAAUGAGCUGAGCAGCCACGAGGCUCUGACCCGGGUGGUGCUGGGCACUGGGCACAAGCUGGUGCGGGCUGGCCACUUUGCCGCCCGCGAGGUGGCUGCCCGGGUGCAGGAGCUGGAGGCGGCCAUGGAGCACCUGCGGGCGGAGGUGGCGCAGAGGCGGCUGCUGCUGCGCCAGGCUCAGGAGGCCCAGCAGUUUCUGACGGAGCUCCUGGAGGCAGCAUCCUGGCUGGCUGAGCGGGGCUGUGUUGUGGACAGUGAGGACAUGGGCCAGGGUGCUGAGGCCACACGGGCCCUUCUGCGGCGACUGGAGGCCACCCGGAGAGACCUGGAGGCCUUUGGGCUACGCUUGGAACGGCUGCAGCACACAGCGGCACUGCUGGAGAGCAGGCAGAGCCCGGAAAGCCCCCAGGUCCUGGCCCAGAUGCAGGUGGUGACAGAGGCCCACGCGCAGCUGCUGCAGAGAGCGGAGGCCAGGCGCCGAGGCCUGCAGGAACAGCUGCAGGUGCACCAGCUGGAGCACGAGACCCUGCUGCUGGACACCUGGCUAAGUACCCAGGUGGCCGCCGCCGAGUCCCAGGACCACGGGCAGGACCUGGAGGGCGUCACGGCGCUGGAGGAGAAGUUCGAUGCUUUCAGCAAGGAAGUACAGAGCCUGGGUCAGGCCCGGGUGCAGGCCCUGGGGGAGCUGGCAGACAGCCUGGACCAGGCAGCCCCCCACGGCUCUCUCCACGUUCAAGCCCAGAGGAGCCGCAUCCAGGCUGCCUGGGAGAGGCUGGACAAGGCCAUGAAAGCCCGCAGAGAGAGCCUGGCCGCGGUCCGGGAGCUCCGCAGCUUUGAGCGGGCAGCAGCCGGGCUGCGGGGCUGGAUGCAGAAGCAGAUGGCCCUGGUGCAGGGAGCCCUGCAUGGCCACACGUGUGAAGACCCCUCCUGUGUGAAGACACUGCAGCAGCAGCACGGGCGCCUGGAGAGGGAACUGGCAGCCAUGGAGAAGGCGGCGGCCCGGUUGCAGAUGGAGGCCCGGUGUCUGGGCCAGCGCCACCCUGAGGCUCAGGAGGGCCUGGCUGAAGAGCUGGCCAAGGUGCAGGAGGCCUGGGCCACCCUGAAGGCCAAGGCCCAGGAGCAGGGCCAGCAGCUGGCACAGGCCGCCCAGGGCCACGGCUUCCUUGCGCGCUGUCGGGAAUUGCUAGCAUGGGCUCAGGAGCAGAGGGCGCUGGUGGCGGCAGAGGAGCUGGCUCAGGACGUGGUGGAGGCAGAGCGGCUCCUGGGGCAGCACGAGGAGCGGGGGCAGGACAUCGAGGAACACGGCCUGCAGGCCCAGGCCCUGCAGCAGGAAGGGCGGCGGCUGCUGGACCACAGCCCUUUCCUGACCCCAGCGCUGCAAGCGCAGGUGGCAGAGAGCCUGCAGGAACUGGAAGGACGGCUGCAGGAGCUCCAGGAGGCCUGGGCCCUGGGCCUGCGGCGCUGCCGGGAGCGCUGGGGUCUGCGGAAGCUGCGGCAGGAACUGGAGCAGGCUGAGGCCUGGCUGGCCUCCCGGGAAGGCCUCCUGCUGGAGCCCAACUGUGGGCGUUCGGUGUCGGAGGUGGCAUUGCUGCUCCACAGACACCAGGACUUGGAAAAGCUGCUGGCCGUGCAGCAGGAGCAUGUCGCCCGCCUACAGGAGCCCGUGGAGACAGCGGCUUUCACACGCCCCCUUGCCUUCAUGGAAGCCCACUGCAAGCAGCUGAGGGACCAACGCACCAAGAGCCAGUCUUUGUGCGUGAGGCCCAGCAGCGAGGACAGCCUGCAGGCAGCACCAAUCGAAGAGCAGGCCGAGAGCUGGCAGCCGGCCCUGGGCAGCACAGCAGCCCCCACAGCCAAUCCUGUCGGUGGCAUGGUGGCAGCGCAGUCCAGCGUGGGCACUCGGCUCAGCUCGGACAGCAAUCUCCUCCCCGGGGCUCACCCCACCUCGGCCUUGCCCUCUGCACUGGAGGAACCCCCGCGGGUCACAGGGCCUGCCCCAGAAGCUGCCCCUGGCUCCCCACACCAGCCCUAAGAUGAGUUCCUGGCCCACGUUGGAAUGCCUGCCCGCAUGUCCACGAGGCUGCUCGGCUAUGGAUUGUGGGGCUAAGAAGAGAUCUACUAACACCCCCCACCCGUCUCUCCCAGCUCCAAGCAGGGGGAUUUGAAGCUGCCUGGGAGAAGAACCUCAGGGCCCCUCCUCCAGGAUGCAGCCCCGCCCCCACCCCCUCCCACAAUGCCCCCGGGGUGCCAGUCUGUCCCGGAGAUGCUGUUACUGAAGGGACAGUUCCUGUCCUGGGCAUAGCUGGAGCAAGCCAGGGGGCUGAGAGAGCACCUAGCUCCCAUUUACCACCCCUCACUGGCAGCUGCCCAUUAGCCUAGAAAGAAGCGGGUGUCCAGGGAGGCUGCAAGAAGAUCCAAAGGUGGCCCAGGCCCGAAGCCGUCGUCUCCCUGCAGUGAAGCCUCCAGGUCACCUCCCACCCCUGGGCGCAACAGGAGGGGACCAGAAUAAGACCCAGGGCCCGGCCCCCCAGGACCCGCCUCUGGCUGGAGUUCCCUGUUGGACAAGGGGCCUCUCCUGAAGCUAUGCUGCUGCUCUGAUGCAUCUGGUCCUGCGUCUGCCACGCCCACUCGUG